AAAGAACAAAACGAAACUCGUCGUCUUCUACCACUUAAAUAUUUUUCAGUAGCUCCAACUAAAAUAAAAUAAAUGAGAAGAACAAAAAUUCAGUUGUUAAAAUCAAAGUAGUGUCUCUACCGUGAUUUUUAUUUUUUUCUAUAUACUGUUUAAACCUCAGUUUUUUUGUUGUUGUUAUAAGAUCCUUGUCAUUUUUUGUCGUGAUUAGAUGUAAUUUGUAUAAUUUUAGUAACUCUUCAGUUUUUUUUUGUUUUAAAAAUAUAUUUUCUCUCUCUCUGUCUUCCUGCAAUCUAUCGCCGGCCGAUUCAAUAAUUUCGCUUUACUCUGCCAAAAAAGUUUGUUCUUUUGUUUUCUGGGAUUAUCCAAAGAGAAGAAACAGAGGAAAUCAAUCUCUUUUUUAGUUUCAGACCCUAAAUCCUAGGUUUUGAAGUUUUGUUUCUUUAGUAAUUUUGUCAGGUUUUGUGUCUGGUGUUGGGAUUUUUCGGAGCUUGGUUUCUUGAACCAGCUCCAUUUUCUAAAAAUUCCUUCUUUAAAUCCCCAUUGUUGUAAGUCUUAAAGAAAAAAGAAGAUGACUUGUUGUUUCUCUUGUUUGAAUCCUCGAACCAAGGACAUAAGAGUCGACAUUGAUAACGCUCGAUGCAACUCUCGUUACCAAACCGAUUCAUCAGUUCAUGGAAGUGAUACAACAGGAACAGAGUCGAUUUCGGGUAUCUUAGUAAAUGGUAAAGUGAAUAGUCCGAUACCUGGUGGUGGAGCUCGGAGCUUCACGUUCAAGGAGUUAGCUGCAGCUACAAGAAACUUCCGGGAAGUUAAUUUGCUCGGAGAAGGAGGUUUUGGCAGAGUUUAUAAGGGACGUUUAGAUUCAGGACAAGUAGUGGCUAUUAAGCAAUUGAAUCCAGAUGGGCUUCAAGGGAACCGAGAGUUUAUAGUAGAAGUUCUUAUGCUUAGCUUAUUGCAUCAUCCCAAUCUCGUUACAUUGAUCGGUUACUGUACUUCUGGUGAUCAAAGACUUCUUGUCUAUGAAUACAUGCCAAUGGGAAGCUUAGAAGAUCACCUUUUUGAUCUUGAGUCUAAUCAAGAACCAUUAAGCUGGAAUACUCGAAUGAAAAUCGCGGUUGGUGCAGCUCGAGGAAUAGAGUAUCUUCACUGCACAGCUAACCCGCCAGUGAUUUACCGUGAUUUGAAAUCCGCAAACAUAUUGUUAGAUAAAGAGUUCAGUCCAAAACUCUCGGAUUUCGGAUUGGCGAAACUCGGUCCAGUUGGUGAUCGAACUCAUGUAUCGACUCGUGUCAUGGGAACUUACGGUUACUGUGCUCCUGAAUACGCAAUGAGCGGGAAAUUAACUGUUAAAUCGGAUAUCUACUGCUUCGGUGUAGUGUUGCUUGAGCUGAUUACUGGGAGAAAAGCUAUUGAUUUAGGUCAAAAGCAAGGCGAGCAGAAUCUUGUUACUUGGUCACGUCCAUACCUCAAGGAUCAGAAGAAGUUUGGACAUUUAGUGGAUCCGUCUCUACGAGGAAAAUACCCAAGACGGUGUUUAAACUAUGCGAUUGCGAUUAUUGCAAUGUGUCUUAAUGAAGAAGCUCAUUAUCGACCGUUCAUAGGUGACAUAGUUGUGGCACUAGAGUACUUAGCCGCACAGAGCAGAUCUCAUGAAGCUCGAAACGUCUCAUCACCGUCACCAGAGAUUUCAAGAACGCCGCGACGAGACUUGUAAAAACUCAAAAACAGCUUUUAAGAAUUUCAGUUUGGUGUUGUGUAAAAAUGGUUUUUUUUGUUUCUUUCUCAGAAAACAAUAUAUGUUUGGUAAAUGUUUCGUUAUUAGUCUCUUUUACUUGAUGUAUAUGGCAAUUAUGGAAACAAUUAAAGUUCUUUUAUAUGUGUAUCUACAUUUGAAAACCACAUUCGAAAGGAAUUUCAGAAGAAAAAAACAACAACUUCAAUUUCUCAGGAAGAUAGGAUCUUUACAUGUUCUUCUCUUCUUGUCUCUGGUGCGUUUUUAAAAACAAAACCCAAAGCACCUCUCCUAGUAAUCUUUCAAAAAAACCAAAGAUAAAAUUAUGAACAAUUAUAACAGAACACAAAGGUAUUACUAUCUUUUGUGUCAUGUCCUAAAACGCUUCUUUUUCUUUCUUCUUUCUCUGAUUUAAGGUCAGUGCCAUAAACUGUAUUCAGUAGCUGAAGAACGUUCAGGGAAAUGAUGAGAAGAAGCCUGAAGCAAAAGCUUAAUGGUAUGACUCGGUGUAGUUCUGCAGACAUCUACACACUCUUCUACAUCUUCGUCGCAAGUCAACAAAACCCAUUCAUUGUCUU